UGUUGAGAAUUACACACGCAACACAGACCACUUACAGAAUGAUGAAGCUGGUGGUGUUGUCCUGCAUGUUGGCGGCCGUAUAUGGCGGACCCGUGGCGCCCAUCACCUACACCGCACCGCCUGCAUACAUCGCACCGUUGAUCGCGCUUUUCGGCAACUACAGAGGGCCGCUGUCCCUUGCCCCCGGCCAGCCCGCCAACGUCCUCGGCGCCGACGGCAGGCCCCUCGACACUCUCGACGUUAACUUGGACCGCGCGGCGCACUACACCAGCAAAGCUCUCGGCGUCCACCUGUUGAAGAAGCGCUCUGCCAUCAUCGCACCCAUCAGCACUGUCGCCGUCGCACACUCACCACUGAUCACCCCGGCCGCUCACAUCGCCUACAGCGCUCCCCUCGCUACUGCCCACUAUGCGCCUCUAACCUACGCUGCUCGCCCCAUUGUGCACUGGUAGAAACAAGCGUAUAUUGUCCACAAUUGCAAAUAAAUAAUUCACGCAAGGC